AUGACAAGCGAUCUGGCGGAUCCCCUGAUGCCGAAAGACGUCCACUAUUGUCCACAAAGGGGGGGCUCUUUAGAACGCCACAACAAACGACAAGGCCAUUUGCUUUCAACAGUAGCCCGCGAAGCUCAUGAUGUCGUCGGCGACUUAGUGGAAGGCUUUCUGGCAUUACGUAUUCCGGUUCGUGGUCGCUACAAGCGAACUUUUAUUUCUACCACUCAGUUCAUCGAGUGCCCAGUCACAUACUGGGCAAUUGCUAUUUCAGCUUUGAAAUCUAGAGAGCGG